AUGCAAAUAAGUCCGUUAAAAAAAAAGAUAAAUACAUCUUUAAAUACCCCACGUGAAACUAGAAGUUCAAUAUAGGAUAUUAUUACAAAUCAGACUGAAUAAAUAAUUAAAAAUAAUCAGUUAGAAUAGGAAUUACAUCGAGUUAAUUAAUAGAGGAAAUUAUUAAGCUUAGAAUUAGAUGAUGCCAGAAAUAAAUAUUAUGAGAUAUCAUAAGCUUUAUAAGAAUGUGAAUUAGAGAAUGCUCUAUUAAGAAAAUAAGUUUAGACUCAUAGACAAUAGGAGGACAUAUCAAAAUUGCAUAUAUUAUUAUAGUAAAUAUUUAUUAAAAACAGAUAGAAAAACUAAAUCAUAUUGGAAUGGACUAAAAAAUUUGAAGUCAUGGAGAAGAGGUUGGCAAAUGAAACUAAAUUGGAAUAAUAAGUUAAGUAAUAAUAAUUUUAAAAUGAUCUCAUUAAAUAACAAUUAACUGAAUUAUAAUAAUCAUAGAUAAUCUUAUCAAAGAAUUGUAUGUAACUCAAAGAAGAAAGAAAUUAAUAUUAUUAAUAAUUUAUGAGAAUAACUUCAGCAUUUUAAAAAUUGGAAUGUAAAAAUAAAUAAUUGGAAAGUGAGAAAAAUUAAUAUUAAUCGGAAUUAAUAAAUUUAAAAUAAGAAUGUUAACAUUUAAAAGAAAAAUUAAAUUAAAAUGAAAGUUAUGUAGAUAAGAAAAAUAAAUGGAAAACUAGAUAUCGAGAUUUACUUAAAGAAUUUUAAGAAUAUUAGAGUGAAAAAUCAAGUUAAAAGAUAGUUGAAUAACUUUAAGCCGAAAUAGAUAAUAAUAGUUGUGAUGAGAAGUAACAAACAAUAAUACAAAAUAAUGAUAAUGAGGAGUUGAAUGAUAUAAAAGAUAAAUUAUAACAAUUAGAAUAAGAAAAUGAAUAUUUAAGAGAAUAGAAUAUUGAAUUACGAAAUGAGAUUCAAAGUGCUACUGAUAAACUCUUAAAGUAACAAUUAUAAAGUUCAAUGAUAAAAGAAUAAAGCUAGACCUUUUCAUUUGUGUAAUAUCAUCAAGAAUAUUGUGAUUCUUUGGAAGAAUAGCAUAAAUAAGAUUGA